AUUACGUCGUGCGCGCGCGGGAGCUUUGGUUAUCAAACAGUCGAGUUUGAGGGAAACACAAAAAGCGAGCAGGUAGGUGAACAAUUCUGCCAAUAUCCCCAAAAUUACACUACAAUUUCAGCUGUUGGAAAAAGGUAACAUAUAGGGAAACAUUGGUUCGGGUUUACUACUUGAUUCGGUUGUGGUUUUAUGUUGUUAGAGGAUGUUUAACGUCAGCUUCAUGGUCGAACUGAUGUGAAAUAGCGCUAAUGCUAAGAAGGUAACAGCUGAAGUUGGAGGAGGACUGAAAAUUCGGUCAACAGUGUUGCUAAGAUCUGUCAGUUAUGCAAGUCGUUUAAGUUAGUCACUGAACUGUUGAUGGCACUAAAUGAAACUCAGACGAUAGUGAAGACUCAGCUCUAACAUGUUAGCUGUCCGACUCAGAGUAAAGAGACAGAAGGACUUCAUACAUGUCAGGACUCUUCACUUCUCUCUAACCCUCUAUGUGCUUUAGGUUUUCUCAGCAUGGCGAUGAGGAGCGAGGCCCGGGUGGAGGCAGAGGUGGAGGAGGAGGAAAACUUUGGGCCACAGCCUUUGUGCAGACUGGAGGUGUGUAUCCUGAGAAUCACAGACACAGUGCUUCACUUCGUCUAAAUGUUACAACAUCCUAUAAACUGUCUCUACACGGCUGAUUAGGAGAAGUGAAAGCUCAUUAACUUUAUGCAUAAUGGUGGACAAAGUGCACAUUUGCAUCACUUUAGAGGAAGAAUAAGGCAUUACCACGGCGCUAAAUAAAGAAAGCAUGCAAAUUCCAGGACCACUCUGACUGACCUUAUUCCCUACAUGCAGCUAUCAAAUCCACCCAAACCUACGUGUUCGGGUGAAAAUCAUCCGAACACGACCCUGUAGGAAAAAGCAGGUUUUGGAUCAGGGAAAUAAAUAUGUCUUCAAAGACGUCAAAGGUAAUGCUGAAGCUACACAGAGACCCAUGAUACUCAGACAAACGCAACAUAGUGAGAAUCACGUAAACAUGUUCAGUCGGGUGAAAAUCACCCAGUGAUAGUGUUCUAGGGUUAAUGGUCUAGGAGCUUUGUGAAGCAGGGCCUGCCAGUUUAAUUUACAUCUAAAAAGAGGUCAUUGAUUCAUAUAUUAGAUUUUAACACAACGUAUGUUACCAUAGGGAAUAUUUUUGGGGUGUUAUAACAGUUUAGGGGGGGUGGUCUAAACAAGAAACAAUCUUUUUUUACAAUAUAAGCUGGUAAACAACCCGCAAACAGACACCAGCUGAUCAGAGAGAACAUUAAACAGGUAGAGGAACCAAAGGCGUAUAGUACAAGAGCAAAUAUUUCUAGUAACCUGAUCUUAUUCAAUAAUAAAAAACAAUUUACCUGUUGCCAAUGUGAUUUGUUCCACCUUUUGUGAAAAAUAAAAUGAAAUGAGAAUCAGCUGAGGUCCAAAUAAAGAGCUUGUAUGAGUGAAUUUAUGUAGUCUAGUGGCUCCAUGAAAACAAUGUAACAAUCUGCUUCACACCUUUUAAACAAUCUACUUGUGCAAUGCAAAACUUUGUCAUCAUAAGACCCAGAAAUAUAGGUUUAAUAAAUAGAGAGAGGCUUGAUUUGUCCUCAUAUCCAACAACCCUCUCAGAGUUUCAUUCCUUGAGAAUUUAAGCCGUAAUUUCUGCUGCUCUGAUGUCUUUACUUGAAGCAAUGUGGAAUCAGUGCCAGUGACAUCAAGAAGCUGGAGGACGCCGGCUUCCACACCAUCGAGGCGGUGGCCUACGCUCCCAAGAAAGAGCUCCUCAACAUUAAAGGAAUCAGUGAGGCUAAAGCUGACAAAAUCCUGGUGAGGAACAGAACCACAUUGUCUCUUUCAGCAUUUAGAUUUAUUUACUGAGGCUCAUGCGUCUUCGGUGUCUGACCUUUUCUUCUUCCUUUUCAGACAGAAGCUGCCAAACUGGUGCCGAUGGGUUUCACUACAGCUACAGAGUUCCACCAGAGGAGAGCCGAGAUCAUUCAGGUCUCUACAGGCUCGAAGGAACUCGACAAACUGCUGCAGGGUUGGUACAGCUAUCUGUAAAAUAACCAGAAGUUCAGUCAGUCAAUAGAGUGAUUAGUUAUGUAAGGAAACAGUCUCAGUCACCAUGAAUAAUCAGAGGUGGUGGGAAUCCUGAUGCGAACAGAGUAACUCCAAAAGCAGGAAAAAAUGAAUGUUUAUUCCUUCUGCAGGUGGGAUUGAGACGGGCUCCAUCACGGAGAUGUUUGGCGAGUUUCGGACAGGGAAAACCCAGCUGUGUCACACACUCGCAGUCACCUGCCAGGUACAGUUCAGACAGCUAGAGGAGGAAACCUGCCAGUAAGGACUUUGUGUGGCGAACUUAAUAUGCUGAGCAGACAGACGGCAAGCAUACGAGUAAAAGAAGUUGUUUUGACUCUGGUUUGACUCUGUGUCCUCAGCUGCCCAUUGAUCAGGGGGGAGGAGAAGGUAAAGCCAUGUACAUCGACACAGAGGGAACCUUCAGACCGGAGAGACUGCUUGCUGUCGCUGAGAGGUCAGUCACAUCAAACAUCAUGUUACAGGCGUUAACAGUAAAAAGCUGGAGAAAUACUGUUUAAAACCUGCAGCAAGAUGAAAAGACAUCUCUCUGUGCUCUCAGGUACGGGCUGGUGGGCAGUGACGUUCUGGAUAACGUGGCGUACGCUCGAGCUUUCAACACAGACCAUCAGACCCAGCUGCUGUACCAGGCCUCUGCAAUGAUGGCUGAGUCCAGGUCAGUCUGUCUUCUUUUGAAUAGAGUCUAAGGAAAUUUGCUUCUUCCUUUUGAUUUCAACUAAGAGAGGUUGUGAUGUUUAUGUAUGUUUAUGUAAGGGUGCUGGUCAGCUUGGCACCGUUGUUGACAAACUGAAUGGAAGCGAGGCUGUCAACCAAAGCUAUUUUUUUGCAACAGGGUUUAGUAAAUUUAACAAAAAAAAAGUCUGCAGACUCAAGAUGUGUGUGGAGUUUAUUUCAGCUCAACUGCAGAGCCUUUAAUUCCUCAUCAGAACAGAAACAGCUCUGCAAGACCCUAAAGUGACUUUGUUAGUUACAUUUUUUCUGUGUGUUAGAGCCAUCAUACACAGAUCAAAGUGUGUAUUCCAGCAGCUAACACACUCUCUCUGCAUGUGUGUGUGUCAGGUAUGCUCUGCUGAUCGUGGACAGUGCCACAGCUCUGUACAGAACAGAUUAUUCCGGCAGAGGAGAGCUGUCAGCCCGACAGGGACACCUGGGACGAUUCCUCCGCAUGCUGCUCAGACUGGCAGACGAGGUAACAGCUUCAUUUUUAUUGUAGUUCUACGGUGGCCGAGAACCGCGACUGCUGCAAAUAAAAAAGUACGCAAAAAAAAGAAGCCACAACAGAAGGACCGAAGCCUGCUGCAAAUAAAAGAAGAAACAGUGCAGAUAAAAAUUUUUUUUAAAAGUCACAACGGAAGUUAACGACGCAAAAAAGGGGGUGAUGCAAAAAAAAAAAAAAGGUUAUCCCUGUGGAAAUAAAAGGAUGCAAGUUAAAAAAAAAGGCACAACUGAAGUGAGCUGUCAGGAACCAAUAAUGAUGAUGCACCGAUGUUUUACGAUCUAGACACAGAAGACAUCAGCAAGAAGACGAGCAAAGAACUAAGUGGAAAGGCAAUUGUUUAAUUUCGCUUUGUGUCAUUUGGUUAGGCCAUGUUAAGUCGAUAUGAAGUGAACUGAAGGAUGCUGGGGUAGUGUUAGCUUUGACUGACAUGGUAAACUCACUGUGCCUCAAAAGACCACUUAUGAGAGGAGAAUCGAGUUCAGUAGCUGUACGGUUCGGUUGCUUUACUCAUAAAAAUAAGUAUGCAGACCCCUCGCUUUUUUCCAUUAUUGGUCCACGGCAGGUCACUCCUGUUGUUGCUGUAACUGUAACUUCCAUUGUGGCCUUUUUUUAAUUUGCAUCCUUUUAUUUUGGCAGUAAGUAUUUUAUUUAUUUUUUUUUUUUUUGCAUCGCCACUUUUUUUUGCGUCAUUAACUUCUGUUGUGGCCUUUUUUAAAAAUCUGCACCGUGUUUUUUAUUUUUAUUUUGCAGCUGUCUCCCAUUUCUUUUUUUUUUCAUCAGUAGCUUCCAUUGUGGCUUCUUCUUUUUUUUUUUUUUUGCAUUCUUUUUUAUUUGCGGCAGUGGCAGUUCUUGGCCCCCAUGGUAGUCAGAUCAGAGACUUUGUAAAGACCAGGGGCCUCAUGUAUCAACGCUUGCGGCGCAAGAAAACCUUGCGUACGCCAAAAUCGGCGCACACGUCCAGAUUUAUCAUCGCGAAACGAGCGUCGGUUCCAGCGCUAAUCAACGCAAAGUCAGGAGGUGGUGUAGAAAUUGGCGUUGAGCUGGAUAUUUGCGUUGACUGUGAUUCGCACUUUGGCGACGCUGUGUGGCGGUGUUUGGUGACUCACUAUGUGACAAGCGUGCACCACAUCCCCGUGGCCGGGCAGCACGUCGCCCCACAUGACGAACCAGCAGCAGACGGAGGGAUGCGAGCUGAUCCCUGCCGGGCCGCCGUCCUCGCGCGGGAGAAUCUCAUCGCCACAGUGUGAAUGGGUAAGAAGUGAAUACACAGUUCAAUGAGCCAAAUUAAUUUAUUUUCUCCACCAGACGCUCGAGGAAAUUUACGAGCCGGUCCAGCCGCUCGUUGAUCCCCGCGAUCCCCCUGAUGAUUUCUUCCUGCGAUUGCAGGACCCCCUCCGCGAGGACCCUUCCACUGCGUCCGGGUGGUCCAGCGGAAGCGCCGCGGCUGGUGGACGCUCCACCGCUUGUCGGCGCGCUGGUGCUGAUGCUGGUGCUGGGGCCGGGGUGGCCCGAAUGCCGCUGGUCCUGGCCGACGACUCCGAGCCGGCGGACGGGCUGCCGCGGGCCGGGGUUCCGCAAGCCGGCGACACGGCCGACACAUUAAUUUCUGUGACACAAUAAAAAUAUUAGUUCAUUUCAAUUCCUGCUUCUGUGUAUCUGUUGCGUUUACAUCUCUCUCCACGGUAUCAUAGGUAAUGUAAUCCAGUAUUUCGAAGUCAGUUAUGCACAUUACAGUUGUUUAUUGCAUAAAAAGUUAUUGAAAAAUGAAGUUAAGGGCGAAGUAUAAAUCACGUCUAAAAAUAGACUGAAUCCCGACGUUGAAAUGAAGUAUAAACUUAGACUAGACGUCUAAUAUACGUCUUUUGCUCAGUGGGAUGACAAAGCAUGUGGACAUUUGUGUGACACGCCACUUACCCUAUAAUAAUAAUCGCCACCACCCGCUGCUCAAACGGUGUGAGGGUCUCCUCCCCCGGACCCCCACCUGUCUGGCCGGUACUCCUCCGGAGGGCAGCUGUACGCCGCUUGACCUCCACCUUGAGGUCCGACCACUUUUUUUUAAUCUCCGCGGGGGUGCGUGUCUCGGAACCCACCGCAUUCACCCUCUCGCAAACUUUCUCCCACUCCAAGCGUUUUUGUUUUGCACUGACGCCACUGGACAGGCUGCCAAACAAAACACGCUGUCGCUCCUCCACCUCCGCCACCAGCACCUCCACCUCGCACGCCGUAAAUGUAGUUUUUCUUGUCAUUUUGUCUGCGUGCGAGGACAGGGAGACCCUAUUUAAAUAAAUCUGCAUAUUUAUAGGAGGGCGUAACGGGGACGGGCCCAGUCACUCCGACAUCUGCGCUCAAUUCCACGCUGAUUGGGAUUUAUCAAGGAAACACACGUGGAUUUCGGCGCCCGCACACAUUGAUACAUACGGAUUUUUUUCAGCGUGACGGACCUUGCGUGCGCUCGUUUCUGGUAUGAGUUCCACGCAAGUGUUGAUACAUGAGGCCCCAGAUCCCCACAUUUCUAAAUCAUUAAACCAGUUAAUGGUUUAGCUACAUUUCUCUUUAUUUUAUUGAAACUGAGUAAACAUGAUCCAGAUAUAUCCUGCUGCAGACUCCUAACUGUCUCUUUGGUCCAUCAUUAUGCUUUCCUGUGUUGUGACAGUUUGGCGUUGCCGUGGUGAUAACCAACCAGGUGGUAGCACAGGUGGACGGGGCCGCCAUGUUUUCUGCAGAUCCAAAGAAGCCCAUUGGAGGAAACAUUAUGGCUCACGCCUCUACGACACGGUGAGAAGAACAGGGAUUAAUUAUCUUUACUUUACAGACUGAUGGACUCUAAAUCUAGAGGAAAAACGACCCAGGCUGAAAGUAAGUUCACGCAAAGUUCUUGACAGGCUCAGAUUGUUAUUAUUUUAGUCAGAAAUAACAAUGAUAGAUAAAAUAAGACAGGGGUAGGAUGAGACAACAACUCCUCUGUGAUGGGACUUAUUCACCGGGUGAGGGUAGUGCUAUCUUUUCUGUCUUCAGCUCCAUCACAAAAUGUUGUCAUGACUCUUAAAUUGUCUCAAAUUUGAUCUUUUCUUCUCAGUUUGUACUUGAGGAAAGGACGAGGAGAGACGAGGAUAUGUAAGAUCUACGACUCGCCCUGCCUGCCGGAGGCUGAAGCCAUGUUCGCUAUCAACGCAGACGGAGUCGGAGACGCUAAGGACUGAUGAGAGCUGGGUGGUAUUUGUCUCUGUCACACUUGCUGCUUCAUCCAUGGACUUUAUUGUGUGUUUGUGAUUUUCAUCCCCUAACAUCGCCUUCACAAAGCCUGAUGGGAGGAGGGACGGAGGGAGUGAGUGUAGGAUUUGGUUUGAUGUUGAUUUAGAGGAGGAGGUCAAGGCUGCAGAACUGAAGUGAACAUCUGUAGCUCGGAGGAGCAUGGAUGAGGACUGUUUAGUUUUCUGCGAAAUGAGGCCAAACUGCAUUCAGCUCUGGAAAAAUCUCAAGUCCUGCAUCUCAGAAUGUUCGCAACAUGACCCAAAUUACAAGAUCUUUCUUAUUACUUCUUCAUUACAUUAUACAAAAGAUUUUUUUUCAUGUGAUUUGGGAGCAACCAGAGCUACGAAGAUCUCAGGAUAAUGAAACAUGAAAUCCAAACAAAGUAAGCCUCCUUUUUUUUGGUUCAAUGCAGUUUGGUGCUGCUGUUAUUCAGAGGAGUGAUGGAAAAAUAAUUUGUGAACUGUUUUAAUCAUUUAUAAGAAUUUGUUUCCUUUUCUGUUUGUUUAUGUGUUCCUGUUGUGUGGUGUGUUUCUCAUUUGGACGUCCUGACAGUAAAAUGUAAACUGUGGAACCUUUUAGAGCAGUGGUUCUCAAGUCCAGUCCUCAAAGCCCAAUGUUCUGGAUGUUUCCCUGCUCCAACACACCUGAUUCAAAUUAUCAGCUCGUUAUCAAGCUCUGUAAUGGCUUAACGAGCUGAUCAUUUGAAUCAGGUGUGUCAGGGAAACAUCCAAAACAUGCAGGACAGUGGGCCUCAAGGACUGGACUUGAGAAACACUGCUUUAGAGGAAGAUGUAAAAAAAUAUAUAUGUUAUAAGAUUUCAGUUCUUCUAGAAACCUUACAGAAGUGUAGCUUCACAAGAGGUUCCACUCUUAACUCUUCUAAUACUCCCUUUCAAAAUAAAAUACAGGCAAACGAAGCCUAAAAUUUCCACUUUGGUCACACAAAAUUGCAGCUUUAUCAACUUUCUCUGAAACUCCUCAAAUCUCUUUUUUUAAUUUCUUUUUGAAGAGUAUCCAGUACUCUUUGAAAAAAGAUCUUUACACAGCAUGACGUUCAGAGAGGAAGAAGUUGUUUUUGAUAGUACAAUUUUCAUAAGUCUUCAGUUUUAUUCCUCAAACAAAAGAGUGACUGUAGAUAAAGACAGAAGAUUGAAAAGUUUAUUUGGCACCUUUUCUGAGAAAUGUAGACGCACUUCAGCGCUCUGUGGCUGAAAUCUCCAUUACAACAACAAACACUUUUCCUGUAACAAAUAAGCGUAGAAAUACAAAAGUUUCAAGACUGUUUAAAUCUAAAAAAUGGGCAAAAACACUAUCGUGACACAGGCGAAAUCUUCCUCUAUAGGUUUUCACAUUUUGUUGUUGACGCUAAUCCUAUAAUUCAGCUCAUGUAACUUCUUUGAAGUAGUGUUUUGGACGUCACCACUGUUGCUUUUUUUUCUCUCCUUUCUGUUUGUUUGUAUUAUAACCUUCUGUAAAAAAAGCUUUGUCGCUAAAUUAAAUUUGUUUUACUAUUAAA